AGUGGGCAGGAUCUCACCGAGUCCAACUAGAAGCAACACAGAAACACUACUACACGGGCAACAACUGCCAUUGGAGUGGACUCAUCAGCUGGAGCAGCACAGGAAGCGAUCCUCCGAAGGUCCUCCUAUGUUCCUGCAAACGGGAGGGGGUGGGAAGGGAACCAGGCCACAGUCGACACACCAGCAAAACCACAACCACCAAGCCCAGCACCACCAGACGGCGCACUCGCACCACCAUCACCUGCAGCAGCAGCAGCAACAGCAGCAGCAGCAACAACAGCAGCAGCAGCAGGUGCGCAGCAAUCUCCUUCACCAACAGGAGCAACAGCAGGCCGCCCACGCAUUGUUUGUUCCAAACCACAGCGGUCUCCAUCACCACCAACAGCAGCAGCUGUUGCAACAGCAGCACCAACAACAACAACAGCAGCAGGCAGCCGCCGCCGUCCACCUUCAGCAACAGCUUCAACAACAGCAGCAGCAGCAGCAGCAGGUACAAGCGCAGGCGCACCAUCCUCCGGUUAUAUUCUACAACACACCGCCAUACGCUGCCCACUCGGCUGCGGGCAAUAGUAAUGCCACUGGCGGCGGCGGCGCUGCCCACCAACUGAGCGCCGCCGCCAGCACCGGCUCGCUGGGCCACCAGGGACACAGUGGCGGACAUCAUGGUGGUGGUGUCCACGGCGCCAAUGGGGUGCUUGCGCCCUCCAAUUCCAGCGCCGCCAAUCUUAACCGGGCGCUGAGCAACCCCACAUUGCCACCCCAUUUCCCGCAGUCAGCUGGCCUGAUCGCAACCCCCGGCGGCAAUGCGGCCGGGACCGGAGCCACCUACAUAUCCGCCGCCUACAUACCGUACACCCAGGGCGCGCAACUGAUGAGUAUGCAAUCGGCGGUGCCAUUCCCCACGAACGGAGCGGGAGGAGCUCCGGCGGCCGCCUUCUAUACGCCAACGCCACCGCAGCCUCAGCAGCAGCAGAAGCAGUUGCAGGCGCCAAAUGGCCAGCAGCCGGGUCCGGGAGGUGCUGCCGCAACAGGACAGCUGCCGACUAUUGCCUACUAUGUGCAAAAUAGUGGGGCUAACAAUGUGACCAGCGGCGGCAACUCCCACAGUCGCAACAUACGAGGUACCCAGAGGGCGGCGGCUCCGCCCCAGCAUACGAACUUCUUCGCCUACGCCAUGGCCCCGACAAAUGCCCAGCGUCCUGCUCCGGCUGCCGUGGCUCCCAUGAUAAACUCACACAACGGGGCCCUGAACGGAGCCGCCACCUUCCAUCUGACGCCCAACUUUAUUCCGGGCCUGGCUCUGGGACAGCCUCCCACUGGGAUGGCAGCGGCACCCAUGCUGGCACCAACUGGAAUGCAGGCUGCACCUCCUCCAGCGCCAUCAGGAUUACACACCUAUACACCACCCAUACACAUGCAAAACAGCAGCGCCACGGCCAUGGCCGGCAAUGUGCCGAAUGUGGCUGGAGUGCAGGCGGUGGCCACUGGCGGAUUCUCCAAUACAUCGCUAACGGCUCCACCGGUAGUCGGCGGGGCUCAGCAACAACAACAGCAACCACAACUAGGAGGAGCCAGCUGCGACAAGGUGGGUAAACGACGAUAUGCCAUUCCCAUUAUUCAUCCGGACACUAAGGAGAAUGUGAUGGACCCGAGCAGCUCCGUGUUCAUUAAGAAGGACUCAGCCUCCUCGACAAUGACACCGAGCACUGAGCUGCUGGAUUCGGAUAGCAACAGUACCACGUGCUUAUAUCAGGCACCGGCCAUUCUCAUGGAUUCCACCUCGGGCUCGUCCCUGCUCUCUUCCGCUUUGGCCGAACAUCAGAUGCAGAAUGUUCAGCCGAAAGGUGCUCUCUCCUUGGGGGAAAUAUCUGGACUGCAAUUCGGGGAAGAUGAGGAGGAGGAAUCGGGUCUGGAUCAGGGUGGCCUCUCCACCACGUCCGGGGUGACUGAUAAGGACCAGAUUAGUGUGAUUGUAAAGGAUAUACUGGCCCACUCCGGCAACACCGAUGAGCAUCUCAGCUUCUGGCAGUACAGUGACGUCGACAAUGUCACGGAGACCCAUCCUAGCCUGCCACUCGUACACAAGGAAUUGACUCAGGCGACUGAAGCUAUCGAGGCGGGACCCCAGCCCGCCGUACUGUUCCAAGAGCCAGCCAAAAAGCAGCGCCCCAAGUCGGCCAACAAGCAAAGUACCGCCACGCCCACAUCUAUAGCGAAUGACGUGGCCGAGGCAACGGCCAGCGGCUGCUCGGGCAACAUAUCCAUUCUGUCCCGAAGCCAGCCAAUGCAGACGCCUCUCUCGUCGCCAGGCUCACGACCACCAGUUCAGAAGCCCAUCAGUAAAUCCAUAGCGACCACAGCGGUACCGACAGCGUCGCCCAUCAAAAAGUCCAGUACUGCUCCACUGGCGACCACCACAGCCACCUCCACCACGACAAGUUCGGGGGCCUCUUCAUCGGCAGCCUCCACCCCCACACACACGGUUAGGCAGCAAAGGCAACCACAACAGCAGCAGCAUCAAGUGAAUGUCCAGCAGCAGGCAAAGCAGCAGCAGCAGCAGGUGGCGGGAAGAGCAGUCCCGACUCCCAACCGCAUCUCGGCGGCCGUCACCCAGCUCGCUGGCACCAAUAGUUCCAACAGCAGCAAUAUAACCAAAAAUCAGCGCAAGGCAAAGAAGCGGGCCAGGGAUUUGGAGAAAAAGAAACAAAAGUCGACGAUAAUCAGCACCACCACAAGCAGCAGCCAAGGUCAGGGCAACAGGGGCAAUGGAGGAAAUGGAGUAGAGCCGGAGGAAAACACAAACAAUAACAACACCACUUCAACAACAACUCUAACAGCGGCAACAACAACCAAACAUGACGGAACGGCAACAACUGUCAAUGACAAAGCCACGGCGCAACCGACGACUGAUAAGCUUAGUGCAACAACUAGUAAUAAUCCUAGCUUCAUAAGUUCUACAAUAAGAGACGACAACACUGUGCUGAGGCCCAAGGAGCCGCAGCAGUUGAUGAGCCAAAACAAUAAUAACAAUGACGAGGAUGACAUCACAGACGACAUGGAUGGCGAAGCAGACAGCGACGCUGAAUCUGACAGCAAGGAAGACAGCGGCAUGUCUAGCCGGAAUCCCCAAGUCAAGCACUUGGCCAACGAGGAGAUUGUGGCCAAGUUUCUGCAGAAGAGCAGCCCAGACACUUCCGUUGCAUCCUUUUCGGAAACACAGCAGUUACAGUUCCUUAACAGCAGCAGCUCGGCGUGCGAGGAAGAUGAGCCGCCAGCCCUCGAUGUCGUCGUGUGCACCAAAAUCGAAGAGAAUGUCAUGGUGGACCUGAAGUUUGGAGACUUCAACGAGGAGGCGGCGCGCCAGGACACCGGUUUCAUAUGCAGCUCCACAUGGUCCAGCUCGACCAUCAGCCAGGCAGCGGACGAUGCAUCGUCCUUCAGCAGCAAGAGCGGCGACAAUGUGGAUUGUGCUCCCAAGGUGAGUGGCGAAUCCAUUGUAAAUCCCGGAGAAAGGAGCGCCGGCGGCAGCAAGAAGAGCUCGCCGCUGCAUCAGGCAAAAGGCAAGGGAGUAGAAUCAUCGCCUAAGGCCAAGCAACAUAAAACCAAGUCAAAGAGCCCCAGUCCCAGUUCCGGGUCCGCCUCUGGUGCCAUUGCCAUUCCUCCCAUCAGGAACUAUCGCUACAGCAUGGAGACACUGCGUGAGCUGUCCAAACUGAACGAUUCUCGCAAGCCACCAAUGGUGCCCUGCCAGAAGGGUGACUGCAUCUCGCAGCUGUUCGUUUCCCGCCAGCAACAGCAGCAGCAGCACCAUGCCCACACCCAUGCUCACGCCCAUAGCCAGCAAUUCCAGCAAUACCAGCAUAUGAACUUCAACGAGUCCCUGGAGUAUGUUCCCGGCAAGCGAGGUCGCGGCCAUGGAGCCAACAAGAAGCACCACGAUGGACACCAGCAGAUGGGCGGUGGCUCUGGGGGCAUGGGCGGCGGAGGCGGCGGCCUAGCAUCCAAUCCAAACCAACGUCAUAUGGACAUAAUCCGAGUACAGCUUUCGCUUAAGGAGGAGAUCAAGCUAUCGGAGUGUGAGAAUGCCUGGCAGCCGGAACCUCUGCGUCGCACAUCCAUGGCUCAGGGUCAGGAUGAGGACAACGAUGUGGAGGGCGUGCUGAAGAAGGUGCGCGGCAUACUCAACAAGCUGACGCCCGACAACUUUGAAGUUCUGCUCAAGGAGAUGUCCAGCAUUAAAAUGGACAAUGAGGCGAAAAUGACAAAUGUCAUGCUGCUGAUAUUCGAAAAGACCAUUAGUGAACCGAAUUUCGCGCCCACCUAUGCCCGCUUCUGCAAGGUGCUUUUCCACGAAAUCAAGGCCGAGAACAAGUCACUCUUCACCAGCUCCCUGAUCACGCGCAUUCAGCACGAGUUCGAGUCGAACGUAAACGAUGCCAAUGCCAAGGCCAAGAAGCUGCAGCCCACUGUGGAUCGUAUCAACCAGUGCACGGAUCCCGCCAAGAAAGCCGAGCUGCGUUCUGAAAUGGAGGACCUGGAGUACCAGUUCCGACGACGUGCCUGGGGCACUGUUCGCUUCAUUGGCGAGCUCUUUAAGCUGCAAUCGCUGACCAGCGACCGAGUGCUGAACUGCGUCGAGUCACUGCUGGAGCACGGCUGCGAGGAGAAGCUGGAGUACAUGUGCAAGCUUCUGACCACCGUGGGCCACCUGCUGGAGACCACUCUGCCCGAGCAGUACCAGCUGCGGGACCGCAUCGAGAAGAUCUUCCGCCGCAUCCAGGACAUUGUGAACCGGUCUCGCGGGACGGGACAUCGCCAGCAGGCGCACAUCAAGAUCAGUAGUCGGGUGCGGUUCAUGAUGCAGGACGUGCUCGAUUUGAGGGUGCGGAACUGGGAUCAGCCGGCGAGUAACCAGACCCAGGGCGGUGCACGAAACCAACGUCACAAGCCACACGACGACUCCAAGGAUCAACAACAGCAUCACAGUGGAGGAGGAGGCGGGGGCGGUGGCAGCCGCGGCGGCGGAAUGAGCCAGCACUCGCAGCCGAUGCAUCACCAGCAACAGCAGCAGAAGCAUCACCACCAUGGCCAUGACAGCGGCAACAAUUACUUCAUGCAAAAGAUGCCCAAGCAGCAGCAGCACGAGAACCAGUCCCUGAGCAUUGAUCCAAGCAAACUGCGCUUCAGCAGCAGCAACGUCAGCGACGACUCGCAUGCUAAGCUGGGAAACUCCUCGCACUACCAGUGGCGCAGUGGCAACCGUCCUGUUAGCGGCCCACCAUCGACCAACACCAGCGUCCCGCCGCCUACGCCCACAUCCCUGCUCAAGCGUCUACCGCCUCCCGGCCAGAACUUCAGUUUAUCGCCGUACCACCAGCCUCCACCUCCUCUGGGCACUCCCCUGCCAGCAGUCCAUGUCAGUGGUGGCAAUAGAAGCAGCCAUGUGGAACACCAGACCGACAUCGCCUUCACGGGCAAACAGUGCCAGGAGCUCAUCACCCAGCUGGUGGAGGAGGUUCUCAAUACGCGCGACUGGCAGCCAGAGGUCCUCGUAAUGUGGCGUUCGUACAGCGGCAAGCAGCACUCCAAGACGUUGCAAUAUCUGAUGAUAAACUACCUGCACGGGGCUGCGGUGAAGCGCCAGCAACGUCUGGCCUGCGGCAACGUCUUUGCCUACCUUAUGAGCAAGGAGGCGCUGGACAAGGCAACCUUCGGCCAGGCCUACACACGUUUCAGCGACGAGUUCCCCGAUCUCCUCGUGGACGUUCCCAACGGCUGGAGCUAUGUCUUUGAGUUUCUCGGGCCCAUCAUGCACUCUGGUCGCCUGGAUCUGAAGGAUGUGUGGCAGAGGCGCUGGCUGGAGGACUCCUUCUUCACGGAUCGCUUCGUGUUCGCCUUUGUCAACUAUUUCGUGCAGGAAUUCGGGGCCGCCUAUGCCCGCAAGGUGUGGCACAACGACUACAAGCUGGAUCGCGGGCAAUUGUUCUGGAACGAUGUUGGCAAGUAUCGCGAGUUUGUGCAGUCGCACAGCUUUUACUUCCUGGACAACAACGGCGUGCCCGGCCAGGGCCAGGGAAAGACACAACCAAAAGCAAAGGGAGGAGCCUCGAGUAGCGCGACGACGCCACGCUCGCCGCUGGAGCAUGUUGAGCGGAUCAGAUAUUUGCUGGCCUUGUCCUGUGACAUGGCCAUCGACUACAUCAACACCAACGUGGCCAUCAAUGCGCACUUUGUGAGGCAGCUCACCAAAUUCCUGUGCUGUGAUUAUGCGCUGACUGUGAUGACUAAAAGCAACAAGGGAGGCGGCAAGGCACUGCAGCUGCAGCUAAACACAGAGAGCUUCCGCACCAGGUGCACGCCGCUGCUGCGUCUUUGCAUUGACGCCCAGGAGGCGCUGGAAAUAGCCUGCAUAGACGAGGCGGUGGACUCUCUGCAGCAGCACUUUAUGGCCGAGCUCGAGGGCGAUGAGAUGGCAGCCGGCGAGACAAUAUGCAGCACGUUCAGCGUGCUCUACGACAGCGAGGUGAUACCCAAGGAGUCGUUCGACAAGUGGUACAAGCUGGAGAUUGGCCACUCGUCAGCCUACCGCCGGCCCUUUAUCGACCAGCUGCGCGACUUUAUCGAGGAGAUGUAACAAAUCAAAGGGAAGCGGGAGCCCAAAAAAACAGGAAGACACCACAACGAAGCCAGCCAAACCGAAACAUUCAGCAAGAACAUCGUUUGAAAGUCAUUUCCCAGAAGUGGCGCGGUCGUAGUCACACACCAAAACCUACACACACACACACACACUCACACACUAAUUUGUAGUACGAUGUAUCCAAAAAGAAUCUGUGGAGAAACGAAAAUUCUUUGUUUUUAAACACUGCACAGAUUUCCCUUGCAAACCUUCAAGACACAUUGACCAAAAACAAUUUAUUUGUAUCACCACAACACGUACGUUCCUUACGAGAAAGCCAAGAGAGAGAUAAUUCCCCCUCGAUGACUCGGUCAUAGUAAUGCAACACAAAUAUAAACACGUAUUUAAACACAUUUACUCGUCGCAUCAAAUGAAUAAAUACAAAAAAGCAAAAGCAAACAAUAA